AUAGACUGUUUUUUUUUCCACCUAAAUAAUCUUUCACAAUGGGUCACCAAUUGGAAGAUAAAAAUCAACGAAUCCAAGUUUUCCUUUGUCACUUUUACACUUCGACCUCAUAGCUGUCCAGCUGUAUCAAUAAACAACAUUGACAUCCCUUGAUAUAACUUUGGAUCUAGUAGGCGAUUAUUAACGAUUCGAAUCGAUACUUUUAAUUGAUUUCAUGUAUUUUUUUUAGUCUAAAGUCGUCCAAGUAGCGGAGUUCACAUAACAUUGGCAAUGCAAAAUACAAACCAAGUACCAGAACCGCUUAUAUUAUAUGGACCAGCAAAAUACGAGUAUAAGAAAUGCCGAGAUAUUUCAAGUACUACAAUCCUUCCGAAAAGCUGAGGUUUUCUGUGAUAUUAAACUAGAAACAGAUGAUGGUGGAAGUAUAUUCGGUCAUAAAGUGGUUUUGGCAUCGGCUAGUCCAUAUUUCCAUGGAGUCUUCACAAAUUUUAAAGAAAAUAAUCAAGAUAUUGUUGUCAUCAAAAACUUAGAUUCCACCGCAUUACAACUAUUAGUAGAGUUUAUUUAUUCAGGGUAGGUCACAGUCACUGACAAAAAUGUACAGGAUUUGUUACCAGCAUCAAAAGUUUUGCAGUUACAAGACGUAAAA